AUGCAUUAUUCUGUCAAAUUUCAGCGGCUGAGUGUGCUAAGGAGUGUGACAGAACAUCUGAAACUCAAUAAUCUCUACCUCAACCAUUUGAUACUUAAGUCACCAUUUUUCACUCACUCGAGAGUGGUAGAGUUGUGCAUGGAUCUGGAUUUUAUCCUUCACGCUCUUACUUCGUCCUGCAACUCCGUUAGUUGCAUUACUGGCGGGGGGGGGGGGUUCUUCACUUACUUAGCCGUUGGUGGAUCCAUUCUCCCUGGAAAACUUGUUACUAGUGUUCCUUUACCCGAUGCAACUCGUCUUCACUAUCGCUGCAAUGGUCUUGCUUUGCUUCUUAUGUUGGUUGCACUUCUUGGGAUCAGUACCAAGAUGGGUUUUGUAUCUCCUACUGUAUCUAUAUCAGACAGAGGACUUGAGCUGCUGUCCACAACUUUUAUCUUCAGUUUUCUUGUGACCCUGGUACUGUGUUUUUCCAGUUGCAAAUCACGUAGUAAAGGUUCAUCACUAAAACCUCAUAUCAGUGGAAACCUGAUACAUGAUUGGUGGUUUGGAAUACAACUAAAUCCCCAGUUCAUGGGUAUUGACCUCAAAUUUUUCUUUGUUAGAGCUGGAAUGAUGGGGUGGCUACUUAUUAAUCUAUCAGUUCUUAUGAAGAGCAUUCUAAAUGGUUCUCUGAGCAAGUCAAUGAUUCUCUAUCAGCUAUUUUGUGUACUAUAUGUCCUGGACUAUUUUGUACAUGACGAGUACAUGACAUCCACGUGA